AAGAUGUUCGUCCCCGCGGGCGCGUUCGGGGGCGAGACGCCCGAGAAGAAGGCAUCGCGACUCCUGACCGCGCUGUUCACCUACGUCGCGACGUGGAUCGGCACGAGAGAGGCGGCGCGGGUGACGAACGUGCACGCGUUCCUGCUCGAUUUUCUCGAGGCCAACCCGGUGAAGGACGGCGACGCGUUUUUAGAGAAGCUCACCGCGGCGGACCCCUCGAUCGCGCGGCGGGUCAUGGACGUGAGGACCGCGUACGCGGGCGGGGAUUUCGAGUGGGACAUAUGCCGCGGGUUGGUGAUGCAAAACAUGGAGAAGAGCAACGCGGAGAUUCAGCGCGGGUUUCUC